GUAAGGCUACCUGACAACUUCCUCGUCGUACUUCAGGCUACAGACGUGUGUAAUAUGUAGCCCGGCGCUGCACAUGUCAGUGCAGCGCAUGUGUGCAUCACGUAGUUAAGUAAGAUAAUCUGUACUCAAUAUGUAAUUGCUGGAUUCAUUCUACAACGACAUUUCCUUUGCAUUUGUAAGAUGUUGUAGUGGAUUUACGAUACUUCUGUGUUAUUACAUAUGAACUGAAUUGACCUCGAUGGUACUAACCAGGCAAUAUACCCGGCGUUUUAAUCUGUAAAUAGGACGGUGACCGAUCCCGGCGUAUUUACUGUUUAUGUAGGACUCGGCUAUCCAUACAGGCCUUAUGUAGGCGACGGACUAACGCAACCUUAUAGCUACAUCUGUUAGACACUGGUGCCAAGCAAGGUGACAUUUGAUUAGCUCACGAGAUCAGGCGGUCACGUGAUUGGUCAGAUUGUUGAUGGGCAAUUGAUCAGACGUGCAUCGAGGAAUCAUUCGUUGGUUACAGAUAAAUAACACACACUACUACAAGCUGUACGACGUCGACGGUAUCGACCCUCUGACCGAGUUGUAACUGUUUAUGUGGUAGGCUAGAAUUAUCAUAUGUUUUGGUCUACUUUUAAAUUCUUAUCUCGGUAACGUCACGUGAUUGUCCGUAUGCGCUUGUGGUGGGACUUAUUGAUAUAUUCCCUCAUACUGGAGCGUAAAUGUGGUAGAUUAUCCGUUGAUCGCAACCGUCGUUCUUUUCUUUUACUGAUUGAACACACGCGCACGUGCCUAACGUCAUAAUGACGUCAUUUACAGGACUAGGUUGUAUGUCGGGGUCAUCCCUUGAUGGACUGGAUUUAUGUCACGUGGAGUUCACCGGGGAUAUUGAGACAGAUAUUUGGGGGUACCACAUCCUGGAUGCUUCCACGGUAUCCUACAGUCCGGAACUAACCGAGCGUCUCAGGAACGCCGCCAAACUGUCAGGGGAGGAGCUUAUCAAACUGCACAUGGAGUACGGGCACUAUCUUGGCGCGACCAUCAAAGACUUCCUUGGAAACAAACACGUAGACUUUAUAGCUUCCCAUGGUCAUACAGUAUUCCACCAACCUCACCUAGGAUACACGUUCCAGCUUGGAGACGGGGAGACAACUUCCACCUACCUUAACAGUCCAUUCGUGUGCAACUUUCGGAAUAAGGAUAUUGCUCUUGGAGGACAAGGCGCGCCUUUGGUUCCUAAUGGGGAGAAAUUCCUGUUCAGUGCCAACGAUAUUUGUAUUAAUCUCGGGGGUAUCGCUAACAUAGGCCUAAAGGGCCAGCGAGGGUAUGACGUCUGUCCGUGUAACUAUGUCCUAAACAAGCUAGCCAGAAUGCUUGACCCUUCACUUUACCAGGACACAGACGGAAAUAUAGCCUCCAAAGGGCUUGUUAUUCCUGGGGUACUAGACCGUUUGGAAUCUCUGGCGUUCUACAGCAAGGAACCACCGAAAUCACUGGGGGCAGAGUGGAUAGAGAACCACAUCGACCCCAUUCUAGACCAAAGUCUGUAUUCCAUUCCUGAUCUCAUGAGGACGUUUGUUGAACACGUCGUUAGGAGACUGAAGGACGCAUGCGUACAGACCUCACCCAAACUGUCGUCUGAUGUCGUGGUUACCCUGGUAACCGGAGGGGGGGCAUUCAACAAAUACCUUAUGAAUGAGUUCAGGGAGAAAUUACGUGGGACAAAAAUAGAAUUGGAAAAGGUUGAUGAUGAGACUAUUUGUUUCAAAGAAGCAUUGAUUUUUGCCUUUCUUGGUCUACGUUGUAUUCUUGGGGAGGAAAAUGUAUUCAGUUGUGUAACCGGAAGUCGAUGUGACUCGGUUUCCGGAAGUAUCCACAGACCGUUGUCAUCAGAUGGCGUACCAGCAAAGUUUAAACAAUGUUAUUUUGAGUUCAAAAGAUCUUCGCCACACAAUACGACCAUGUGAUUUAGACAUGUCUGUAAAAGGUUUAUUAUUCAGAACCACAAUUAGAUAGAGCUUUACCAGUAAUCCAAAUAUUGUAGCUUCCGUUUGAUAGUGAUAUAAUUAUAAAGUUGUUUUUCUGUUGACGUUCAUUAAAGUAGUUUGAUUGGCUACAUAUAUGCUAGUCUUUAUAUCUCGUUGUUGAUCAUUAAAAUGUUUGUUUCCGC